GUUUUGACAAUCUUGACAAAAAGAACUCUUCUUCCUCCUUACAUCUUCACACAAUCGGACAUCAUAAACAAAUUCAAAGAAGCUAUUGUGGUUUCAGUAAGGUUGUGGAUUGAGGUGGAUUUGAAAGAAAAAGUACGCAGUUCGGAUUGUGUGUUAAUUCGAUUCGGAGGAACGAUCACAAGCAUAUUUGAAGUGACAUUGAAGCAACUUUUCAAACGUGCGCGAAAAUGAAUUGUAUACAUCAUCAGUGAGAUUUCAAUGUCCGAGCACGUUCAACAGAGAAGCACAAUCUGGGAAGGCUAUCCAAACAAAAACGCAAUUGGCAGUGUUACUCCGUUCUUUUCUCCACAGAAUAUUCCUUCCAUCCGCUCGGAGCUUGGCACAAGUGAUCGAUCUUAGCAAAAAAAAAACCUGAUCAAGAUGGCAAAUCAACAAUCAAAUGCAUAUCCAAGCACAAAUGGAAGAGGAUAUUAUCGUUCAAAUGAUGAAAAUACACAAUUUGAUUCUUAUCGAUUUGAUCAACAACAACAAAAGCAAAGGACAUCUUCCACCAAUUCCUCCGCAUCCACUUCUCAACUUCCAUCAUCUUAUUCAAAUGGAAUCAUGCAAGCUUCAUCUUCAAGCGCUACCGUACCACCUUCACCUCCUCAACUUGAUGAUCAAAAGAAACGAAGAAGAAUUCAACAGGCUUGCAAAGCUUGUAGCUUUCGUAGGGUAAAGUGUAAUGGUGAAAACCCUUGUGAGACGUGCAAAAAGAAUGAAGAAGAAUGUUCUUAUGGACAGGCAAAAAAGCGUGGUCCAGCAAAAGGAACGACAAGAGGUUCAAUAAAGAAACAUGGCAUGCAAAGAGAUAAUUUUGAACCUUCUCGUAAUGAAACAGCAUAUAGUCCACAAUCUGAUCCGUCUAGACAUCAACCGCAAUAUCAACAACAUUUCCGUGCUACUUCAUAUGGCGGAGGAAGUAGUUCAAGUUUCACUUCUCCGCCUUAUUUGCCUUCUCCUCAACGAUCACGCGAAUAUGGAGAGCCAUCACGAUCAUCGUUCUCAUUCAAUGCACCAAGAGAUACUUAUGGGAAAGAGGGCUCGAGUACUUCGAAUGAGUAUCGGGCGCCACCUCUUGAGCCGUACACGCGAUCACAUUCAUACAGAGAUGGAAUGCCUGGCCCAUCUACGGAUCAUUAUCCACGCUCAGACCCCAUCAGAGCACCAUUUCAACAAUCUUCUUAUCAUGAUCCAUCACUUCAACGUGAAAGCAAGCCGUUGCAAAGUGUCGAACAUCCAAAUGCAACAUUAGCAGAACGUCUUCAUAAGAGCAUUGACAUUGAAGGACAAGAGCUUGCUGAUCUUGUACUGGCACAGCUAUACAGAGAGAGGCAAGAUGCCAAACGCAAAGAGUCUCAAGGUUCGAAGUCGACUGGAAAGCGAAUUGAAAAAGGUACUGAUGACCAUCAAGCUGAAGCUAGCAGAGGCAAAAUUUCAGUCUCAGAGCAAAUGGAAUUACCUACAAUCCCUGAUGCAAUCAUCCCGAAACUUUUCAACGUCUUCUGGUCAGUGAUUAUGUUGCAUUGGCCCGUCUUUUUACGACAUGAUUAUCCAACUGUGGACGAUCUUCGAUUGAUGUGCGAAAAUGAUCAUCCCUUUUUGUUCAAUUCAAUCUGUUCACUCGCUGCUCUGGUAUGGGCAAGUGCAAAUGAAGGAGGUUCUUUGGAUUCGGGAUCUGAAACAACGUUGUCAGCCCGUCAAAUCAGUACAAUCUUUGCUGUUCGAGCACACUAUCAUCAUAUCAGUGCAAUCUUGAAUCCAACGAUUGAAUCAACGGCGGCUAUGUCAUUCCUAUCAUUACGUGAAACAGGUGCUGGAAGACCAAGUCAAGCAGCACAUUAUUGUUGGACGGCAUGUAGGAUGGUGAUGGAUUUAGGCUUACAUCGUCAAACAGAGAUGGCGCAGAUCAUGGGCUCUUCAUUCACAAAGAUGGAAGAUGAAUAUAGAAGACGAAUUUAUUGGUCUAUCUAUGUGAUUGAUAAGAUGAUGGCCGUUCAAUUGGGUCGACCUCCAGUGUUACGUGAUGCCGAAUCAGAUUGUCCAUUACCAUCUUUUGAAGGAGAGGAGAACGUUUGGACUCUACCGCAAAAGUCAUUUUCGGAAAAGACGAAUGGAAAACCUCUCAAUAUGGCAACAUACUUUACGCAUGGCUGUCGAUUGGCAAGACUGUCUGAAUACAUUAUAACACAAUACAACGUUAUCAAAGGGAAACAAACUGUUGCCUUUGGAAGUGUGCCUGGAAAGGAUCAACCAGAUUGGCAAAGUACGGUUGCUUAUUUGCAUCAACAAUUGGAAGAAUGGGAUCAACAAACGCCGAUGAAUUUACGAUGGUAUGCCAAUAAAGGGGAGGCAUUCUUCCCAUACAUCAUCCAUCAACAAAUGUGGGCACAAGCUUGUCGUAUUUUGUUGCAUAGACCUUAUAUUCUCAAACCGACUGACAAGCAUUCUGGUAUCAACAGUCAUGCAGAAUGUAGCAAAGCAACUGAUGCGAUCUGGCAAAUGUUUUGUGAUUAUGAACGUUUGUUUUCCUUGGGAAAGGUUCCAAGUAGUACGGUCUAUUGUUUAUUCAGUGCUGCAACUAUUGCUUUGGCCAAUACUACUUCGAUCGAUAGCACCUUGUGUAAAACAGCAAAAAGACAGCUGUGUGACAUCGUUGGCUGGUUUAUCAAGAUGACCGAGACAUGGAGUUCCGCAACUCAACAUCUUGCAAUCCUGGAGAAGUUGUCUUCGACAAUCAAUGUGGAUCUUUCUGAGACUGGAUUACAAGAACCUGGAUUACGUGCUGCUUUACAGAACAAGCUUGAAAUAGGCACAAUGGGAAUGUACGGUACUGAACGUGUACGCAAUACACUUCGAUCCAAACUCCACCCGAAUUCGGUCUCUGAUGGCAAGAGUGGUGUUUCGCUUCUGGACGGUAUUCCUUCUUUGGGUCGAUUAAGACAACCGACGCCAGCAAGCCAUAUGAAUAGCCCAAGUGCAAAUACAAGCUCGUUCAAUACUGGUAAUCUGGCUGUCAAUAAUCAGUCACAAGCGGAAAGUAGUACGGCAGAAGAACAAUUGCAAUCUCAAUCACUUGAUGCAUUCUGGCCAGAUAUGCCUUUGGGUGAAGAUUUCCAACGCUGGUUAUCGUUCACGCAUACAUACUUCACCGUUUUAGGCAAUUCAUCAAAUGAGAAUCUCCCAAUCGAGCAGAUUUCAAACGCUCCAAUCACAAUGGCAUCAUCAGAGGCAUACCUACCCUUUGAUUCUCACAAUCAGCAGCAGCAUGGCAUGCCGUCUACACAAUAUGCUCCUCACGGCCCUGGUCCACAUCAUCAACCCUAUCAAUCUUCCAAUCCAAACUAUCCUCCUUCGCAUACACAGUCUACUGAAGGCUUUUAUCCCAAUUUACCCUUUCCGCAUUCUUGAUAGCAAUUUGUAUAUACGCAUUCCACUGUAUAAUAAACGCU